GAAUUACUCAUAGGCUCAAGGGCUCAUGGGCGGCCGCUGCUGACUGCUCUUGCCUCGCCCUCUCGCUCGGACGGCAACCAAGAAGGCAAAUACCGAAAAAGUCCCUUAUCAAUGGCUUAUAUAAUUUCUGCACACGACGGUCGAAGGCGGCAGCAAUGACGAGCGAAGAAGCGGCUUCCUGAAAUACAGAAAAUCCAUUAAUGAAUUGCUCCACCACCUUCACUUCCUCCACUCUAAUGUCGCAAUCACUUCAUCUCGUUGCUAAGAACAUCCCAGGUUCUGGGCCACCAGAUGGUAGGUGUCUAUCCUUGUCUGGAGUUUCUGGUAGAACCGCAGCCGUAUCUGUUUCUCCUUGUUCCUCGCAUGGGAUUGGCAGGGUCUUCUCUCAGGUUAAGAUCAGAUCAUACAAUGGUGCUUUUGGGACACCAGCUUUUGUGUGCAAGGCAAAUUCUGGCAGUCAUAGGAGAAACUCGGAUUACUCGAGGCAGGGCAGACAGGGUCAGGGAUACUCCCGUAACCGGGGGAGGCAAAAUGAAGAGAGAGACAGCUACGAAACCUUGGAUGAGUCUGAGCUAUUGACAUCAUCAAAGAAUGGGGCAUUGCUUUCCUUCCCCAAUAACUCAAAAUCUCAAGCCACUGCAGCUCCAGGUCCAAGAGAGAAGGAGAUAGUUGAGCUGUUCAGAAAGGUGCAGGCCCAGCUCAGAGAAAGAGCUUCUGUCAAACAAGACAAAAAGGUAGACACCCCGCAAGGAAAAGGGAGAGAGAACGAGACUGUUGAUUCCCUCCUUAAGCUUCUUCGGAAGCAUUCAGUUGAACAGGGGGGUACGCAAAAGGUUAGUGAUGGGGACUUAGGAAUUGACCAGCCAGAGCAGAUUUUGGGAGGAUAUAAUGACGACAAAAGCUCAAGCAGUGUUGUUCAUUCCAAUAACAGAAGCAGGAAUGGUGCCGUGGAAUCUAGUGAAAGUUCCUUUACAAGAAGACCACCAUCAAGUUUCCGAAGACGAUCUCCAAUCCCUCGGGUAAAAUUGCCACCUGUUGAUUCGAGUGAGGACGAUGUUGCUUUGAAGGGCCAUUUGGAUUCAACUGGGGAAAAAACAAAGGAAUAUGAGGUAAUUUCUUCUGAUGCUACCACCAGGCAUGAGGUUGAACCAGAGCCAACAGAAGAGGAGCCUGUGGCAGCAGAGCUACUGCAGGGUAGUAAUGAUCUGUUUGACGAAGAGCAACUAUCAGAGGAUGAAGCUUCUGACUCAGAUGAGAGCAAGGAAGAAGACGGAGAAGAACAGAUGGGUGGCAAAGAGGAUUUGAGUACAUUGAAGGUAGGAGAGCUUAGGGCAAUGGCAAAGUCCCGUGGCAUCAAAGGGUAUUCAAAGAUGAAGAAAAGUGACUUGGUGAACUUGCUUACCGCUGGGCUUUCAGAGUGAUUGGUGAUGAACACGAGAAAAUGCAGCUGGGAACUUCUGACGAUGAUCCAUUUUGCUGCUCUAUUUCAUUUUUGGCGGUUUAGCAUGAUUUCCUGUUUCCUUUAGUGUAAUUUCUUAGCCUUGCCAACCCUUGCCUGUGAUGUUUAUUUUCUGAUUUUGCCUUGCUGGAAUGAUUUUGUUGAUGAUUUAAACAAAGAAAGACCUGGAUCUUUUUAGCUGUAAGGAAUUUCUCUGAUUAGCUGAUUCUAGUCUUAAUUAACAUCUCCUAGUUUUACAA